AUUAUUCACGCAAAGGGAUACGAUACGGUUCGUUGAUACGUCACUUCAGAAAGGAAAUGCUUAUUUCCCGAUGAUCGGCAUCUAAAGCAGUAAUUCUCCAUUUUACAAUGGCAGAAACAAUAGCAGCUGCAAAUGGAAUUCCAAACUCCACAACAAUGUCAAAGUUAGAGUCAACCACGCAUAUCCCAAUCGCGCAGCUUACGCCGUUACUUCCAGCAUCAGCUUCGAGAUCAGUUAAGGCGGUAGUGACUCUCACAUGGCCAUAUAGUUCUCGUACGGGUUCUGUGGCUUUCUUACUUGCCGAACCCGAUUUCCGCUUGCGCAGAAUCAGAGGUCAAGUGCGCGUACAGUUUUCAGGAUCGUCUGCGAAUGCGAUUGCGAAGUCUGGUAUCACUAGCGGAGAUGAAGUGAUCUUAUGCUUAGAUGGAGCGGAAUAUGUGGGAACUGAAGCUCCAAGUGCGACACCUGGAAGGGGUGUGGAGUUUGAAUUGAAGUUCACAGACAAACUGUUACUCCAGUUUCGCCCUGAAGACUCUCAAGAUGUCAAGCUUAUCAGCGUUGAAAAUCCCGAUUCCGAAUCUGUUCAGACAAAUGCCUUCCCGCCCCCGCCUGCCCCAGCGACAGAUCUAGAGACCGAAAACCAAAUCCCAGAGAUCCCAGCAACUCCUGUUUCAUUCUUCAAGCAAACGGCUUCACAGAAUAUAGAGGAGUACUCUUCUCCGGCUUUCUUGAAACGUGAGCGAAUAUCAUACGGUUCAAUGUUCGAAGAAGGCUACGACCCAUUUGAGGUUGAAGAUGGAUCAGUCCGUGGUAAAGGGAGGAAAAGAACUAGGCUCAGUACAUCAUGGCGAUUUACGAGUGGGUCGCCAAGUCCCAGUCCAGAGGUCGAAGAGCCGGUAGCAGCAUCUUCGGAAAGUGGUAUCGAGGAACCAGUAAACCAACGUGCGCCAUCAAUGACGGAUGAGGGUGUUCAAACUAUAGAGGUUGAAACUGAGGUAAUCACCGAAGCGACGCAAACAUUAGACCAAGAUCUGCCUAAGAUCGCCGAGGAAGCGGAGACGAAUGAAAGUGUAGAGGUUGUGCAUGCGGAAGCUCCAUCGCAGGAGACACCACGGGUCGAAGAUGGGAACACAAAUCCAAUGCCGCCUCCAAAUAAAGCGUCUGGUUCUAUCAUUCCAGAUAGUAGGCCACGAGAAAUCCCGUCCGACAAUUCAGAUGAAAAGCUGCCUUCUUCCCCGCAACUACGGCCUUUGUCAUCAGAAGGUCUUCCUUUGGUAUCUCCACUAGUAGCAACCCGAGUUGAGAAAUUCAAUAACUACAUACACAAUGAACAUACUCAAGAUCUUGAAAUAACAAAUGCUCCGGUUGCGCUAUUAGCAGAGUCUGAUACACUGAUUUCAGGCCAUAGGCAAGAAAAGGAUGUGUACGAUGCCAGUCCUCUACGUCACUCGAAUGAUCAGUCAGAGUCGGGCCAGACUACCUACAAUACGUCAUCAAUUCUUUCUGGAGAUCAGUAUGACCCCCUAAAUACCAGGAACAUCUUUCCUCCUCACCAGCAACGUCCAAAUGAGGUGGAGGAUAGUGCUGAUCAACUAUUUGCACCGUACAAUGCUCCUGGGCCAGAUUCCUUUACGUCAGUCGGCGCUUACGAAGAGAUACCAGAAGAACAAGGCCGAUUCAUUCCCCCCGAAAUGGAGGAGGGUCUAGAUCAAUACAACUAUCCCGAUCCAGAGCAGACCUACGCAGAACCAAACAAUUGGGCAACCCAGCCUAUCAUGGACUAUCCUGACUUGGGAGACAGUCAUCAACAAACUGCCAGUUUAUACCCCCAACUCCCUUCCACAACAUCUAUGGUUCGGUCUCAAAGUGACCAAUCUCAUCAAUCCAAUCACACCCGUCAAUCGCACCAGUCUCCCCCAUCUCAAAUUGUAGACUUGACCGAGAGUAGUGAUGAGGAUGAAGAUGAGGAUGCUGAGGGAUUCCUUGAAGUCGAAGAUGAUAGUGAGCAACAGCUGCCCAAUUCGGCUCUCGCAAUGGAGUAUGGCGAACAAGGUUCCUACUAUGAAGCAAGGGAAGAAGAUGAAGACGAGGAAAUUAUUUACGAUGAUCAGGAAUCAGAUCACUAUGAACAAGGCUACUUUGAUGAAAAUGAUGAGAAUAUGGAUUCAACGGGUAGGGGUAACUAUCCCGAAGAUUACGAAAACGGCAGUGAGGAGGAUUACGAUGACGAAGAUAGCUACAGUGAAGAUGACGAGGGUGAGACGAGCAAUCAAGCGCCAAUUCAGCAACAGCCUGAGGUAAUAGAUCUUUUGUCCUCGGAUGAUGAAGAUGAGGAGCCAGCGGAAGCCCCAGUUGCUCAAAUCAGAAACGAUCAUAAGGCUGACGAGAAAAUUGAAUCGGGGGAAGAAUCAGAGGAAUAUGAGGAUGACGGAGAGGAAGAAGAGGAUGACGAAGAGGAAGGGGGAGAUGAAAGUCUGGAUAUUGUUGGCGAACAAGUUCCAAACAUUAGCAUCCGUUCUACAAAGUCCCAAGAAAUUGUAAGGGAGUCCUCGGAAGAGUCAGUUGAGGACGAGCCCAUGGCAAGUGAAAACGCGCUAGUCGAAGAUCGCAUCGACACCAUCAAACCCGACGCAGAAAUGCCUGAAAAUGUAUUGAAUACACCGGGCUCUGGUCUUGACACGCAAAUGGAUGCAGAUGAAAGCGUGCUUGGGCCAGAGGGCGCAAAACAAUCCCCACCACAAGAAAACCUAGAGGAUGAGACUGCUAUCGAAGUAGAUUCUACUGAGCCCAUGGAUAUCGAAACCAGUGUAACCAAUCCAUCUGCUGCCAUUGACAAGAUGGAUGUCGAUAAUACUACAGACAAUCUCGACGGGUUAUUCGAAAAGCUAGAGAAAGCGGGUGCAGAGAAACAGCUGGAACAAGGUUCUGCAAAUGCUGACAGUGAUGUACCCCAGAGUGAUCAAGAAAUUUUCAAGAACGAUGUCGAGGUUGUUGAAAAUGAGGAUCUUGAUCAAAAUCCGAAUGGGGCAAAUGAUGAGGAGACUCCUUCCCAAGGACACGAACCAAUCGAAAUGACGGACGAUGUACGACCAGCGACCGAAAUUGUACCUGGCCCUAUACUGGCCGAUGGCAAUGCGAUUACUCAUAGUGUUGCACUCGAACAUUUUCUACCAUCGCCAAUCGCUGUAGAGAACGCUAAUGUUUCAACAGUACCCAGUUCCACAGAUCAAAGUAUCAAGGAUCGAGCUGCCAAGUCUGGUUGGGCAAGGUCUCCUAAAGGAGCUACCCUGUUCUCGAGAACUUUUGGUAUAGAUGGCGCAAACGAUACGAGCGAUGCAAAUGAUACUAGUGAUGCGAAUGAUACGGGUGACGAGGGCGACAAAGAGAAUAAAGAUCUCCUCUCCUCUCCUGCGGUGUCAGAAACUGAAUUGGAAGACGAACCAAAGUUAAUUGAUGAACCAGACCAGAUACCACAAUCCCAAAGCACUAUUAAUGCCAUUGAUACUACCGCAGAUCAUCAGAAUGAUCAGCUUCCAACACCUGACGAUACUCAAAAUCAGAACAUUGAUGAGAAAAUUGAUGAGAACAUCGAUAGGGAUGAUGAUGAGGAUGGAUUAACUUCGAUGUCAGAUCUACUUCAACUUCAGUUACGAGAAGAGAUGGGAGAGAUGGAUGAAGACAUGGAUAUGGUGGAAACUGAUGCAGGCAUCGAAAAGGAUUCAUCAUCGGACUUACUUGAGAAUGAAGACACAAAUUCUUCUCAAGAGGAGCCUGACGCGAUGCCGGAUGUAGCUCCAGACACGGGUGCGAUAGAUGAAGACGAUGGAACGAUUGAUUCCGAGUCAGAAGACAUAGAGGUUCAAUUUACUAAGACAGAAGUAAUUGAGCUCAAAGACACUGAAACUACCGAAAUCGAAAUCAGGCAGGUCAGCGAAGAGAUUAUCGAGGAUGAUAUGGCUGGAAGUGCGGAGGAAGAUAAUGCUGAAGUGAAUGAAGGAGGAAAUAUUGAGGAGAUCGAUUCAACUGUUGAUGAAGAUGAAGAUGAAGAUGCCGGAGAGAGAUAUUUGGAGAUGCGUCAAGGUGGAGUGUUUGAAGAGGAAGUCUUGAAUGUUGACGAUGAUGAGGUAUUCAUGGAGGGCGCUUCGGAUGUUGAUGAGGAUGAGGUGUUUAGGGAGGGCGUCUCGGAUGUUGAAGAUGAAGAAUCUGAAGAGGGCGAGGCGGAGAUUGAACAAAUUGAAAUCAAUGUCAGAGCAGCCGAAACGAGGGAGUUCGAAACUCAACAGACUCUUGCAAGGUUGGCCGAAAACAGCAUUUUUGAUCAAGACUUAAAGAAUUUUGAGGUCACGGAAGAGUAUAUCGAGCAAACAAUUGAGGAGACUGAAGCUGUCGCCGAUGAUACCGAAGCCUUUGUGUCGGAGAAAUUCAGACGAGCACCUCCCAAUUCUUUAUCUCCCUUAAGAAGUCGUGGCCGCAAAGAAUUUACACCUGAAUCUAGGACAAGCAAAAAAGAACCAACCCCAACCAGCCCUAGACAAACCCGGUCCAGCAAAGAUCUUUCACCUUCGCCUGAUUUCAAGAGGAGUAGGAAAGGAUCGGCGACUAUAAGUCCUAGACAAACACGUUCUAAGAAGUUGGAGCCAGUUGUGGAGGCUAUCCCUCCUGUUACGCCAACAAAUUACAACAAAGAGAACGAGAGGCCAUCUACACGUGAUAGCAAUCGGUCUAAAAGGUCGCCAUCUCUAGUUCUUGAUGAAGAGAAAACGCCAAAAGGUCCGGAUACGAGCACUGAAAUGGCAAUACUUGGACUACCCGAAUCGCCUACAAAAGCCGGCCAUCAUCUAAGAGCACCAGCAACUACCGAUCCGAAACUACGUCUGACCAAAUAUCUUCGUACUGAUUUGAGUGAAUACACAACUCUCAAAAUGCUUCGUUUCAAAAUGAAUUCUAAACUAGAUAUUUUGGCAAUCGCUACAAGCGUACCUACUGAACCUCAAAGAGCAAAGUCAGGGCCAAGACACUACACUAGCAUCUUCACUAUUACCGAUCAAACUAUAGCUCCUUCCGGCGUAGUGGAAGUGAAAAUCUUCCGUCCAUACAGAGAUGCUCUUCCCACACCUGAAAUUGGAGAUGGUAUAUUACUGAGAGAUUUCAGUGUCUUAUCGGUCAAAGGGAGAGGUUUCACAUUGAAAUCUGAAGAAGAGAGUAGCUGGGCAGUGUUCAAGGAUGAGGGUACAGAAAUAGAAGUUCGGGGACCUCCUGUUGAAUAUGGUCAUGGGGAAAAGAAACACAUGAAAGAAUUGAGAGAAUGGUUUCACGCACUCGAUGAUCGUCAAAAGACGAAAUUAGAAAGGCUUAGUGCAGCGAUGGAGAAGGAUACUCAGGGAAAGAGUGCCACGGAAAAGGGAAAGAAGUGA